AUGGAGUCUCAUCAGUCUCAGCAACAGCGCGGUACCAGGAGAGGCCCAGGCAGGCCUCGGGGCUCAUCUCGAGCAGGACGGCCCUCCUCUUCCUCGGGCAACCACCAUGCGCAUAGCAGCUCGCCUGUCUCGCUCACAAACAUCAUCAACUUCGGGGACGAGGUCUCCUCUAUCAACGCCCGCACGCCAACCUCCAGCCGAGGUCGCGUGAGAGCCGCCAACCACCACACCCCAUCUCAUCCUUACCUCUCGUCGCCCACCUCUGCGGACUUCCCGUCAGUCGCUUCUGACGCCAUGGGCCUCGACGACCACCGGGCUGCUCCUCGCUCAGACCGCGUGCCCAAACAGCCUCUUAAUCACUCGUUCACUUUCUCCACCCCCGAGAACCCCCGCCAUGAGCCCGGCCGCAAGCGAGCCCGGACCCUGGAGUAUCCCUCGGACGGUGCUGCUCACCAGGAUGAAGCCAAAGUCAAGGGCGGCCACUCACUUCGGAAGCGGGUACGUAUUGAUUAUGCCCAAAUGAACGACGACAACGAAGAGGACCAGGCCCCCAAGGAGCUGCAGGACGACAGGACUGAGAUCACCGUCUCCGGCGCUCGCGGCGCCCGCAAGCGACGGUCCACCGUCGACCCUCACAACGAUGAGGAGGGGGCACAGCCGCCCUCCACUGCUGUCACCAAACGGGUCAGGCCCGAGAAGCAGCGGACUGUGUCGCCCAAACCCCAACGCCGCAGGACACAGCAGAGAAAGUCAAUCUCUGCGCCCGUCGCAAGGCCGGCCGAAUCACCCGAUCAGCAGCCCUCCGAUACGGAGCUAAAAGACACUAUCGAGUGUCCGAGGUUGAUAACUCUCGAUUUGAUGCUCAGUCCUCUCAAGAUCCAGAAUCUGGGGCUUCUGGGACUGAAAUGGCUGCCUUCAUUUCCAGACCAGUCACAGGGCCUAAAAGUACCAAGUUCUCAGGAAUCAAUUGAUUCGGACGCCACUCAGGACAUGCCUCCUGAUGGGCCUCUUGGAAACUCAGCACUCGCCAGAGAAUUGAGAAAUACUAUUUCCUCGGUUGUGGAUGAGCAGCCGACUGAGCAGCCGACAAAGAUCUCAGAACCUGAUGAUCAGAAGGAACCUGCAGCUGAGCCUCUUCAAAACGAUCAAGAGACACCGAUGUCACUUCCUCGCACCCGCAGGCGCUUGGGCCGCUUAGUCGGAAACUCAAGUGCAACCGAAGAAGACUCAUCUCAACUGCCCACUCAAGCAGAAAGGAGAUCGUCCACCAGCAGAAAGACUGAAAAGGCCAAGACCGAUGUCAAUCCUGUCGCGUCCGCCGUGCCAACGCCUGAAAGCCCUGAGACGCCUAAGAAGCGCAGACCGGGAAGGCCCCCAAAGAUUCGACAGAGUAUUGAACAAGAGCCUCGAGAGCCUCGGGUGCCUCGCAAGCGACGUGUCACGGCUACAGUCCAGACUAUCGCGCAGCCUCGACCGAUGCGGGCUCACACUCCUCGGGACUUCUCGUUUCUCACGCCAUAUACUGAUGCCCAAGAUGCAUACCCUGAAGUCGCUCAAGACUAUGGUGUUCCGACCCCCGGGGAGACCCCAAAUCUCCAGAACUCUGAGGAUCCAGGCGAACCUGCCGACGAUGUCGAAUCUUUAGCCCCGGAGCGGGACUCAGGAAGCCAAGAGCAAGGGCAGUCUCGGCUUGAUGGUGGCUCAGGGUCCAAUGCACCAACCCCUGCGCCUAUGUCGGACAUGCCAACGCCGGCUGCUGAGUCGUUGCCUGCUAGCAGAAAUGCAUCACCAGAGCCGGUGAUUGAGCCAAUUCGUAAAGUCAAGACACGCAAACAGUACAGGUUUACGCGCAUCAGGUCUCCUACCGACUUCGUCAAUGUCCUCGACGAUCACAAGAAUAUGUCCACUGAAGAUCUCUUCAAUGCCCUAGAGGCAUCUGCCAAUGCCCUGGGUGCCUGGCAAGACGAGUGGAAGAAGCGGAAGCUCGUCACUGAAGACGAAGACAACGCUGUUCGUCGCCGCGCUCACGAUGCUGCUCUAAUGGCCCGAGAAGCCAGGGAUAUGGCCAAGACGAACGGUGCCAUUUCUGUGGAAAAGAGAGAUUUCGAGGUCAAAGGCAUCCGUGCGAACUUUAUCGACGAGAAUAAGCUAAAGCACCCAGAGAGCAACCCUGAAGUCUACGAGAGGAAUCAAGAUCAGGUUGCGGCACAGGCAUAUGGUUUCGAAUGGGACCCACGGCCAAGCAUGAUCGGGAGGCAAGAUCCCAUCGGGCAACGGGAUGGCCUGCAGAACAACCGACUCCGCAACAGGCCGAAGCUUAGCCAGCGGGCCGCCGAGGCUGCGGUAGACGACCCAGUGGGCAUCGUCACAGGCAAGCGAACUCGAAAGCCGCGUAUCCUGUCUGAUGAUAGCAAGGAAGCUAGCAGAGCCCCCACUCCUUUGGAGCCUGUAAAGCCGAAGCAGACUCGCCGCCGCAGAAAGAAUGCCGGCGCCGAGAAUUUCGAUAGCGAUUAUGAGGCUCCAGCUGCUGUAGAAGAGAGCACGCCGGCGCAAAAGCCUGAAGUGCCCGAGGCACCACCGCCAGACCAACCGGUGAAGAAGCGAAGGGGUCCGAAACCUGGAGCCAAGGCCGCGCGUGAAGCCGCGGCCAGAGCGGCUGCUGAGAAGGAAGCGGCCGAGAGGGCCGAGCAGGAAGCCCUGGCCAAUGCCGAAGCCGCGAGAGAUCGUGAGUUGUAUGGCGUGGAAGAAGAGCAACCCCAAACUCGCAAGCGCCGCCGCGCCGCCGCCGCAGACACCCUUGCUUCAUCCUUCGAUGGGGCCCAGCAGCAGCAGCCUCCCGCUGAAGCCGCGUUUUUGCAAGGAGGCGACGCGUCUUUGCCAGCUCCCAAGAGGCAGCGCGGCCGCAAGUCUGCUGCUGCCACGCAGGUUGAGAUUCCUCCGAACACGUUUUACAGCGCGGGCAGCAGUGUUCCAACGAACGACGACACCGUCACGCCCACCGAGGACUUCCGGCCGUCUACCUCGUCGUCAACUAGCUCAAUGCACACCGUUGGGAGCAGUUACUCCUUCCGCCACCGCCCAAGGAAGAACUACUCCGAACUGGCUGACCCGAUCAAAGACAUGCUUGCUGAUUCGAGGCCAAAGAGAGGUCGCAGAGCCAAGAAGGAGCAAGAACCAGAGCCUACCUCCAUGCCGUCUAACUUCGCACCCUCUCAGCUCGAUGGAAGCUCGUAUGGGCCACCUGGCCACGGAUACAUGCAUCAGCAAGCUGCUCCCGUACUCGCCCCACCCAACAAUCCCUUCAUCAACGUGACGGGAGGCGGUCCUGGCCAACUACUAGCACCAGCUCCAGUGCGGCUUGGACCGGCGCAAGCACCUCCGCCUCACCCGGUUGGUGCCCAGAACCCCUUCUCCGCCCCUCACACCAACGCCCCUGUCGAACAUCCUUCCCAUAUCGAACCUCCCCAGUCUCCCAGGAAGAAACAGCCGAGGAUCAAGAUUAUUAACAGAAACCGCCAGAAUGCGACCCCCCAGCCUAACGGACCUCCACCGCCUCACCAGUCUUAUUCUCACUCCGGACACCAAGCUCCGCUCGCACCGCUUCAGCCGCCCCCGAGCUUCCACGGACAGACUGGUUACGAGCAACACAUUUACGGCGGUGCGCCCCUCCAACCCCACUCGAUGCCCGGAGCCGGCCCAGGACAGUUCUCAUUCCCGGUGAACUCUUCUCCUCACGGUGCCAUGUCCAUGCCACCUAUGAUGCCGAAUGGCCCCCCAUUUCCUCCGAUGGGUAGCCUGCCAGGUGGCCCAGGGUCUCUGCCGUCGACGAAUAGCCGGGGUAAUUCUAAGCCUCCGGGAUCAGGUCGCGCUACGCCCGCGCCUUCUUCCGCUGAGGGAGAGGACCUGAGUGAGAAGGACUACGCGAGCAUGACCAAGAGUGAAAAGAUGAGCGCCAGCAUGAAGGCUCGAUGGGCCAACGGCUCUAUGCGCCAAGCAGUGAACAAGCGCAAAGAGACGCUCGCGCGCAAGAAGCAGAAACAGAGCGACGAAAAGAACCCGACAAAGACGUCCACGCCCACUCCCCAGCCAGAGAUGCCCCCAUCGCAGUCCCGGACCCCCGUGACCGCGUCAGCCCCGAGCCUCCCCCACCCGGCAGCAGGAGGCAGCGCGCAGCCGAGCCCGGUCGACAUGGGCAGCAAGAACCUGCCACCCCAGGACCGCCACCGCGACUUUGGCGGCAUCCUCAUGAGCGGCGAGUACAACGGUCCGCCGGCCCUUCCCGGCGGCAUACGCGCACCGUCACAGGCGCCCCUGCAGCACGACGACCGGCAGGUGCUCGGGUACAUGCCGGACGGGCCGCCUCCUGCGCACAUGGCCCUCCCGGGUAGUAUCUGGGAGUCCCACGCGCGGUCGUACGCCAACGGCGGCGGCAGGGAGGAACUGAAUGGCGAUAGGCAUGGUGGAGGAGGGGGAGCGCCUGCCCCCGGAUGGGGACCGCAAAGCUAA